CUCGCGGCGUCGCCGCCUACUUGGUCCUGCUGCCCGCGCCGGCCAGAACGUAGGAGCUCCAACCCGGGUCUCCUUCGAUGAGUCGCGAUGGCGGCCGCCCAGCUAUCCGUGCCUGACCAGAUCCGGCAACUCGAAGGCGCCCGCAAGCUCGUUCUGGGCGAUGUGAGCUACUACCCGCAGGUGAUACAAGCGACGCUUCCCAUCAUAGGACCGUCGGCCCAGGUUGAGUUCCGACGAUGGGGUGCCGAUUUCCUCGCCGAAGCCUUUGCGACGCCAGCCAUUCCGCUCAGCCAGAAGGAGACGCUGUCUCUAAUAGUUUUGGAGACUCUUAAGCUACUGGUAGAGGACGUGAACCAGGACGCCAUCGUCUUGCGGAGCGUUAUUCAGGCUGCCGCUAGUAUAUACCCGCUAGCUGUAAGAUGGAUCACCCACAACUCUUACGACACGUCCACGUGGGAGAGGAUGAUGGCUAUCAAGGCGAGGAUACUGCGAAUAUGGGAUACCGCUCCGAUUUCGAUUCGAAUCUGCUGUAUUAAAUUUGCCCAGCGGGUAGUCCUUGCCCAGACCCCGAGCAUAAACCCGGAGCCCAGACGUGGCGACCCCCUCGAUAUAUCAUUAGCCAUUAUCCCUCCAACGCACCCCGUUCUCGAAGGCUCGAAGCUCGAGGCCGAGGCCUCGGGACUCCUGGAUAGAAUGCUUAGCAUAUUGCAAGAGAAUAGCAGCGACGCUCUACUUGUCGACGCCACGUUGAACACGUUAUCGAUUCUCGUCCGCGCCAGACCAGCAACUUCGAACAAGAUCCUCAACACGAUUCUAAACUUUAACCCGCUCAAGCUUGCGAACUCACCAAUGACGCCCAAGACGAAGGUCCUUAUCAAGUCGAUGGAGAAGACUACACGGAUGCUGCUGAUGCAUCUGUGUCGGAGGAAUCCACACAAUCCCCUAGUCGGCCGCAUGCAACAGUAUGUUGAACGGCUGGUGCGCUUGCGGGCCGAGAUUUUUGACGAAGGGGGUCGGAAGCGAGCCAUGGCGGAGCACGCCGAUGGGCUUGAUGCCAAACGCCAACGAAUAGCAACUGUAUCCCACCCGCAGAUCGAAAUAUCUCCUCUUAAGCCCGGCCCUCACAGCCUCGCCGAAGUCUUCACGUUCACAAAUAACGAUGGGCUGAAGCACUUCAACGUCGGCGAGAACAUACCGGCUGACCUCGCCGCCAAGAUCAGCGUCUUGACCAUUUCCCGUCUCAACCCCCAAUUAUUAGAGCGAGCCAUUCAGGGCGUUCGGGACCGUUUGAGGUCCCUUUUCGAGGCUCCGCAGGAGCAGAUCAACCCCGAGACGACGCCUCUCGAUGUGGAAGAAGACGAGGACGACUACGAACCGGAUUACUACGCCGCGGAGGACACAGAACAGAUUUUGAACAAGCUUGACUCUUCGCCCGCCGAUGAACGGCGCGAGCUGGAGAAACCGACGUUAAGCGGACUCUCGUUACCUACGUUCCGACUCUCCUCCCCUCCCACCCUGACCGCAGAGCAAGCCUCGAGGGUGGGGCAGGGAUCUAUCGCCCGCGUCUUCGACACGAUGAGGACGCUCGAGGAUCCCGUCGUCAAGAAACCGAAGGCCGGCAUCAAUAGGCUCGCGGCCAGCUCGUACGACCGAGACUCGUGGAUCACAUUGAUAACUCGCCUCGGAAGUCGCACGACCAGCGGGCUGGAUGAUAUCUCGGCGAAUGGUGAGGACGCAAAAGUAGCGCUGCCAACUGUCCGCCUCAGCGACUCUACCCGCGAGCUGCUUUUCAACUACGUACUCGAAGACUUCCGGAAACGCAUCGAGGUGGCCGUGUCGUGGCUGAGCGAGGAAUGGUACAACGACAAAUUGCAAAAGCGGUCUGUGGCGUCUUCACCCGUUCCCCGCGACCCUCCGAUGAACUAUGAAAAAUGGGCGCUUCGCCUCCUCGACGGUUUUUUCCCGUUCCUCCACGCGCAGGACAAGGUGCUGACGCGGUUCCUGAGCGAGCUGCCCGAACUGAACUCGGCCAUGCUCUCACGGGUCAGAGCGCUAUGCCGGGAUCCGAGUCUGGUGAACUUGGCGUUGACGAGCCUCUACUAUCUGAUAAUGAUGCGCCCCCCGGUGCGAGAAUUGGCACUCGACACGGUCCAAGACGUGUGGGCGGAGUACGAAGACUCGAGGCCGAUGGCUGCUAAGUACCUACAACGGUGGCGACCCGGGUUUCUGGAAGCUGCUCAGCAAGGGAUGGUUGGGAGCGAGGCGUCGUCCGGGGCGAACGUGACAGUGGUUACAACGUGAUACCCCCUCCCUGUUCGAGCCGCGUUUGUGGGUUGCCCUCACG